AUGAAUGGAUUGAAACUUAUGGGAUCUAUCAGCCUGCUAUUUGGGAUCAUACUUCUGCUUUUACCAUUGCUCUCGACACCAGUGAUCAAAGGCUUGUCAUUUUGGAGAGCGGUUUUUGAAAUUGAUAACCUGAAAGUUGAGGUAAAAACGGGCUUUUGGGGCGCUUGUACUUCUUAUAAAGAUAUCUCCGAUCACAAUGCCCCUGAUGUCAAGAGAGGGAAGAAGUCGAAGGGAGGGCCGGAUUCAGAUUAUAUGGUGAUAUGCACGAAACCGAAAGCAGGCUAUUCAUUCAGCAUGUCUUCAACUGUACCUGAUGCGGCCGGAGAAUUAAGCUCUACCCAGACAGUAUUUUUGUUUUGGUUGUUGAUUGCCGCUGUCCUUGGUCUGGUCUCCUUGGGACUUUCAUUCUCUCCGAAUUACUAUCAAUGGAAGCAUGCCGCCAUCGUCGCACUCACAUCCAGCGUUCUCGCAUUCGGCACAUUCCUGGCCUGUGUGGUUAUUUUUACCGGGCUGACGAGGGAGACACGGCUGACGGAGUCUGCCAAGACAAUACCAAUAUAUGGAGGUUUACAAGGAUGUGCAUUCUUCCCACUUUCGGCUUGUAUCCUUCUAGUCAUCGGGGCCGGAUUGUUAUGGAUGAGUUUCCGACAGGAAUUCUUCAAGGUUCACAGGCGUUCAAGUAGAGCAAAUGAAAACCGGAUAAGUUUCAAAUCAGAAACCAUGCCCAGUCUUCCGCCUCCUAUCUUGGGAAAUGACGGGAUUAGUCGGGAUGAGUGGUUCCAACAACCGUUGGAGCCGAGACACGGAACCGAAAUACCCAGAGAACCCACCGCUAGCAAGGGCCCGAAGGACGAUGACGUCUCUCAGGAAGAAAGUGUGGAUUACGAAUUAGAAGAGAUCAAAACCCCCCAUCAGCACCCCAGUCAAACUGACGAUGAAAGAGACACGGAGACUCAGUCACAAUAUUCUAUGUUUCAGAGUGGCUCUCUGGGAAGUGCUAGUCUGUCAUACAUCAACCCAUCUGAUGGUUUACCUCCCCCACCACCACUGCAACCACGUCGCAGUACCCGAUCCCGACCGACAAAAGAACGAAAGGGCUAG